AGAGAGAGGAAGGGGAGGUGAUUCCUAACUGGUCUCUUUAAACUAUUUUUCACCUGAUUAGAGAAGCUGAGAAUGAAACCAAACCCUGAGUGAGAAUAAACAACAUCUCUGUCACAUUCAUUAAAGACCUUCAAGGAGCACAUCGCAGACCAUGCAAGUGAGAAUGAUGCCGAAAACAGCCCUGCUAGCACUGUGCUGCCUGUUAUUGUCAGUUACUUCUUCCCCAGUCUAUCCAGCACUGAGGUUUGGUCAGCGAGCGGCUGCGAUACUGAUGACCUCCUCUAUUGAGGAUCCGAUGCAGUUUCCAGCAGGCACUUCACUGCGCACACCAGAUGCUGAGCUUAGGUUUGGAAGACAUGCUGACGCCAUCUUUACCAACAGCUACCGAAAAGUUCUCGGUCAAAUAUCUGCCAGAAAAUUCCUUCAAACUGUCAUGGGCAAAAGACUUGGACCAGAAACUCAAAACUAUGUAAAACGCCAAUCCGGCAUAUAUGGAGACACCCACAAGCAAGAUGUGGAUAUGGAUGUCACUGAGAGGGAACAAAGUUACAGAGCACCACAAAGACUUAAGUUCUCAGUAGCUACACACUGAUGAAAUCAUUAAAAAAACAAAAAAACAAACAAACAAAAAAAAAAAACUGUGAACUGUCUUUAUUACUUGCAUUUGCUACAUUUCACUCUGGAUUAUUAAAAUUCAGUUCACCCUUCCUACAGGAUCCUGUGCACUAUGUGUGUUUGUGCACUGACACCAGUCAGUGUUCAGAAGGUCUGCCACAGAAAUAAGGAGUCCCUAACUAAAAAUACACAAAUGUUUAUAUCACUGUAUUUUACAUCCAAUCCUUAGCAAGUACAUAUUGUUGUAUAGUGGGAUAAUUGACUAUUCCCUAAGCCACUUUAAAACACUAAUGAAAAAUCCUACAUUAAGAUCUCUUGCCAAAUAAAUAUGAAAAACAGUAUGUGACAAGAGUAGUAUGUACAAAUUCACAGUACUCAUAAAAAAGUAGGCAUGACACACUACUUCUGGCGAGAUUCUAAAGUGUGCAUACGAUAGACACUUUGCUAUCCAGUGAGGCCACGGGAGAGAAUUUGUGAAUGGCAGUGAAGUGAUGCAACUGACUCUGGUAGGUCACAUGACAGUAACAACAUGCCAAAUGCAGUACAUUCGCAUUAUAUUCAUACUACACACAUUCAUAUUAUACAAAAGUGAAUACAGCUGUGAUCAUUGACACAAGUUGGAAAACCUGUAAUCAUUGAAAAAAAUUGUGUACUGUGAUUUCCAAUGCAUGAACACGGUUAUAAAAAAUUUUUUUCUGUGUUUGAACACCAGAACUUUCUCAAUUUUGGACCUUUGGACUAUGCAUGUCUGCAUCAUGGUUUUAAAUGGAAAAUAACUAAUCAAGUUAUUUUUUUGCUGAUAUUAUAGUUUUCAGAAUGCUUUGUAAGGGACUUCAUGAGGAAAGAAUGUUGAAAUUAAGUGUUAUUUUAUGUGUUUUUGAGCAAGAUGAGAAAAAAAAAAGACUUGAAGAAGAAAUAGUGUUUCAUGUUCAAUUAUUUUGGGAGUGGAGCUUUUGCUUAGCCUGAGGACGAUGCUACUUUACUCAGUAUUUAGCAUAAGUUCUAUUGUUUGCUAACAAUUUCUUAGCUAGCUAGUACAAUCUUAUAAUUCAGUGAUGUGACACAAAAACAGAAAAAGUGAAUGAAUUAAUGCUGUCAGGAAACUAUCUAAAUUCAUUUUGAGACUACUUAAUAGGUUCACUAAAUAUAAUUUAAUCCCAAACCACACUCUUAGAAUAAAAGCUUCUCUAUAGAACUGUAAAAGUUCUGUCAGGUGCUCCAUAUAUAUAUAUAUAGAACCUUUUAGCUGAAUAAUUUUCAGCUGAACAAUUACACCAUUUUUUGUAGAGUGGCUUUACAGCCAAUUUGAACUCUGUUUGCAUUGUUGAAUAUUUUUCCUGUUAUAUACUGUAAAGCUGCUUUGAAACGAUCUGUAUUGUAUAAAGCGCUAGAUAAAUAAAUGUGACUUGAGUCUGACUCUGAAGAAUGAGUUUCCCAGGUGUAAUUGAAUGCAGCAAUUGUACCACCAAUUAGGGCAACGGGCCAUACUCCUAAAGUGAGGCUACGGAGAGUGCACCACUUGCACAAUAAGGCUGUGUCCAAAAUCUCCCCCAUACCCUUAUACUGUAUAGUGUGCUGUAUGAGGGGACAGUCAUUUGUAGUGGUGUUCAAAGUCAUAGUGGACAUUAGAGUAAAACAUGCCUCAACACCCAGUAGAAUUAAAAGCCUUAGAUAAUAAAUGCGUUUUUAACAGAGUUAUAGUAGGCUCCUACUAUAUAGUAGGAGCUGCUCUAACAUACAAGGGUAAAAGAUUCUACUGCCUAGGUGCAGCUACCGAGAAGUCCUGGUCACCAUGAGUUUAAUCUAGACCUGGGAACAAUCAAAACCAACUGAUCAGAGGAGAGAGAAGAGAUCUAAGAGAUCUAGAUGUAUGCCAUUUUAAAAGGUCUGCAAGGUAAGGUGGCCAUUUAAACCCAUUUAAAGAUUUGAAAACAAACAAAAAAAGCUUAAAUUCUAUUUGGAAACUUACUGGCAACCAAUGAAGGGAAGAUAAAAUGGGGGUAAUAUGCUCGUUUUCACAUCCCUGUCAGCAUCCUAGCAGCUGCAUUUUGGACUACCUGCAAAAGUGGCUUAAAUCUACGCUGAAAUGUGGCUUGAAUCUCAGGCUUAAAUUCUAAUUGGCUUAAAUACCAUGAAUCUUUCAUUUAUCAUGUUUUGGUCACUAAAUAAUUCCUUCCCCAUACUUCCAAUUCAUACUUUUGAUGAGUUAAAUUAGCGUUUUCUACAUUUUAGAAUAGUAAAGAAUGACUUUUGAGUAGUAGCGUAUAUCAAUAUUAUAUCUGCCACACUGCUCUCUGAAAACCAGUAUUGGCUCCUAAAGAAGAAAAAAAAAAAAAAAAAAAAAAAAAAAAAAAAAAAACACUAGAUAAGCACAUUUGUUUUCAUUGUUUUAUUUAUUUAAAAAAAAAAAAAAAAAAACACUGUGUUAGACAUCUG